UGGGGUCUUCUCCAUGCGGCUCGUGCUAUGACAGCCUCCGUGCUCCUCCACCCCCGCUGGAUCGAGCCCACCGUCAUGUUUCUCUACGACAACGGCGGCGGCCUGGUGGCCGACGAGCUCAACAAGAACAUGGAAGGGGCGGCGGCGGCGGCGGCGGCGGCGGCAGCGGCGGCGUCGUCCUCGGGAGGACCGGGCCCCGCGGGCCCAGCAGGCGCCGAUGCCGCCAAACAGUGCAGUCCCUGCUCGGCGGCGGCGCAGAGCUCGUCGGGGCCCGCGGCGCUGCCCUACGGCUAUUUCGGCAGCGGCUACUAUCCUUGCGCGCGCAUGGGCCCGCACCCCAACGCCAUCAAGUCGUGCGCGCAGCCCGCCUCGGCCGCCGCCGCCGCUGCCUUCGCGGACAAGUACAUGGACACCGCUGGCCCCGCGGCCGAGGAGUUCAGCUCCCGCGCUAAGGAGUUCGCCUUCUACCACCAGGGCUACGCACCCGGGCCUUACCACCACCACCAGCCCGUGCCUGGCUACCUGGAUAUGCCGGUGGUGCCGGGCCUCGGGGGCCCCGGCGAGUCGCGCCACGAGCCCCUGGGUCUUCCCAUGGAAAGCUACCAGCCCUGGGCGCUGCCCAACGGCUGGAACGGCCAAAUGUACUGCCCCAAAGAGCAGGCGCAGCCUCCCCACCUCUGGAAGUCCACUCUACCCGACGUGGUCUCGCAUCCCUCAGACGCCAGCUCCUACAGGCGGGGGAGAAAGAAGCGCGUCCCUUACACCAAGGUGCAAUUAAAAGAACUCGAACGGGAAUACGCUACAAACAAAUUCAUUACCAAGGACAAACGGAGGCGGAUAUCAGCCACGACGAAUCUCUCCGAGCGACAGGUUACAAUCUGGUUCCAGAACAGGAGGGUCAAAGAGAAAAAAGUUAUCAACAAACUCAAGACCACUAGUUAAUGGAUUAAAAGUGGAGCUAGAGGGCAACUUGAAGAAAUGCUUCAGAACUCGUUGCUUUUCCCAGAUAAUGGUUAUAAUGCUAAUAAUAAUUGAAGAAUGGGAAAGAGAAAGAGAGACACUGGCAUUUUGCUUUUCUAAGGGGGAAUCUCUUUCUCCUGUGGAAUCUACAACUCUUUUUAAAACUUUAAGAAAUGGUAAAGACUGCCAGUUCUCCCGCCAACUCCGACAGACCAUUAAAUGACAAACUCUAGAGUCAAACAUCAGCCCCCCAAAUACGCAAUUUCAGAUAAGUUUACCCUUUUACUGAAAUCUUGUAAGUAUUUAUGUGACCGUUAUAUUUAGGACACUAUGUUAUAUGAUAAUGAUCAAUGAUUGGAAAGUUGGUUACAAAUGCAAGAGGCUUUUGUAAACAUCUGCUUGUCUUCUGGGUCACCAUUACCAUCUCCUUUGCAUGUUAAGUGACUGCUCAGGUAAAUCUUAGUGAAAUUUCUACCAUUGUUGUAUAUUCUGCAAAACACAUCAUGUAUAGACUUAGAAAGGAAAGGAGAAAAAGGUACUGAAAUAAUGAUCUUGGACUAUUUUCUAUGAAGGGGCAAAGGGAGAGAAAGCUCUUCCGAGGAUCGUUUGUCUUAGGAGUAAGUAUAACCAUCGGAGUGAGCCUUUGAGGCCAUAGGAGAACCCCCGCUUGGGAAUGCCCUUCUGAUAAUAAUUUUUAAUUGUUUAUGACAACUUUUUUUUUUUUUGCGGCAUUUGGACAAUAUUUUCUGCCCCAAUUUAAUCUACUUCUCAAAGGAUUUGAUACACUUAAAAAUAUUUAAAUCAUCAGAUAAUUCACAGAAUUCACGUUAUGUCAUAUCUUCUGAGAGGUCCCACCCUAACAUGGUGGCCUUUGGUUUGAAUACAAUUAAUUUUUCACAUAAAUUGGUAUUUCCCAAUAUUUACUAAACAUUGGCUAGAGAAAUAAUUUUCUUUUUUAUUUUUAGAAAACUCAAAACGGAAAUCCAUUCCCCUAAAACAUUUAGAUGUUUACACUCUAUAUUUUUGAUCUGUUAAGGGAUUAGUAUUUUUUCCUUGUUUAUUGUGUUAUGAGACUGCAUUAGAAAGUUUAGGGGGUUCAUCUUCACAGCACGUCUUUAAUCAAGCAAUUAUUUCAACCAGCACAUUCAUUUUGUUCAUAUUCACUAUAAAAUGCUAUCUUGUAAAUAAAGACAUUCAGCACACUGUGAAAAUGUAUUUGUGCACCUGCUUUUCAAGUAUUUCUACUAAAAAUAUAGUUUAAAAAAGCCUUAGACCUGUAGAUAGUUGAUAUAGUGGUAUUAAUUAUGUUAAUAAAAUAGACACUGUCAUUAAAAUCUGAAGGAAAUAGUCAUUAUUUUCCUAUGCUAAACAUGCACUUCACAGAAAGAAAAGGAGCCGGUGGUUUGUCCUAUACAAACCAAGGACCAUUGUUUUCUAUUAUUAUUCAGCUUUUUUUUUUUGCUACAAAUUUUUUAAGCAAAGGGAGAAAUCCCUCACAACUAAAAUCCUAAAAAUUUAUAUAAGUGCUUUGAGAAGGUUAAAGUGUCAGGUAUUCUGAAAAGGAGAGAAAAGAAAGGAGGAGGAGAUAGUAUAAAUUCCCAGGCUCCCUGUGGAAAAUGAAAACCAGUUGUUUAGUAUCAGCGAUGCCCAGGCUGUCGUAUUUUAAAAUCUGCUGUUGGGUCUGCAUGUGUCUGAAAGGGCAGGUUUU